GCGGGGCGGCGGCGCGGCGGCCUCAAUCCGGGGCGGGCGGGCGCCGAGCGCCGCGCGGGCGGGCCGGCUGCGGGACGAGCGGGCCGGCCGGGGAUGCUGCUCGGAGCGCCGCGGUCCUCGGGCCAGUGAGCGCCGCGCGCCGCCGCAGCCAUGACGGUGGAGUUCGAGGAGUGCAUCAAGGACUCGCCGCGCUUCAGGGCUACCAUUGACGAGGUGGAGACGGACGUGGUGGAGAUGGAGGGCAAACUGGACAAGCUGGUCAAACUGUGCAGUGGCAUGAUCGAGGCCGGCAAGGCCUACGUCACCACCAACAGGCUCUUCCUGAGUGGCGUUCGAGACCUGUCCCAGCAGUGCCAGGGCGACGCCGUCAUCUCGGAAUGCCUGCAGAGGUUUGGAGACAGCCUCCAGGAGAUGGUCAACUACCACAUGAUCCUGUUCGACCAGGCCCAGAGGUCUGUGCGGCAGCAGCUCCACAAUUUUGUCAAAGAGGACGUGCGGAAGUUCAAGGAGACCAAGAAGCAGUUUGACAAAGUUCGAGAGGACAUGGAACUGUCCCUUGUGAGGAAUGCCCAGGCCCCACGGCACCGUCCCCAUGAGGUAGAGGAGGCCACAGGUGCCUUGACCCUCACCCGGAAGUGCUUCCGUCACCUGGCCCUGGAUUACGUGCUCCAGAUCAACGUCCUCCAGGCCAAGAAGAAGUUUGAAAUCUUGGAUUCUAUGCUGUCCUUCAUGCACGCCCAGUACAGCUUCUUCCAGCAAGGCUAUAGCCUGCUGCACCAGCUGGACCCCUACAUGAAGAAGCUGGCGGCCGAGCUAGACCAGCUGGUGAUCGACUCAGCCGUGGAAAAGCGGGACAUGGAGCGGAAGCACGCUGCCAUCCAGCAGCGGACGCUGCUGCAGGACUUCUCCUAUGAUGAACCCAAAGUGGAGUUUGAUGUGGAUGCGCCCAGUGGUGUGGUGAUGGAGGGCUACCUCUUCAAGAGGGCCAGCAAUGCCUUCAAGACAUGGAACCGGCGCUGGUUCUCCAUCCAGAACAGCCAGCUGGUCUACCAGAAGAAGGUCAAGGACGCGCUGACCGUGGUGGUGGAUGACCUGCGCCUGUGCUCCGUGAAGCCAUGUGAGGAUAUCGAGCGGCGGUUCUGCUUCGAGGUCGUGUCACCCACCAAGAGCUGCCUGCUGCAGGCUGACUCGGAGAAGCUGCGGCAGGCCUGGGUCCGGGCCGUGCAAGCCAGCAUCGCAUCCGCCUACCGGGAGAGCCCCGACAGCUGCUACAGUGAGAGGCUGGACCGCACGGCGUCUCCCUCCACGAGCAGCAUCGACUCCGCUACGGACUCUCGGGAGCGCAGCGUCAAGGGUGAGAGCCUGUUGCAGCGUGUGCAGAAUGUCGCUGGCAAUGGCCAGUGUGGGGACUGCGGACAGCCUGACCCCCGCUGGGCCAGCAUCAACCUGGGUGUGCUGCUCUGCAUCGAGUGCUCAGGCAUCCACAGGAGCCUGGGUGUCCACUGCUCCAAGGUGCGGUCCCUGACUCUGGACUCGUGGGAGCCGGAGCUGCUGAAGCUGAUGUGUGAGCUUGGAAACAGCACUGUGAACCAGAUCUAUGAGGCUCAGUGCGAGGGGCCGGGCAGCAGGAAGCCCACAGCCAGCAGCUCCAGGCAGGACAAGGAGGCCUGGAUCAAGGACAAGUAUGUAGAAAAGAAGUUCCUGCGGAAGGUGCCCUCAGCACCAGCCCGGGAGGCCCCUCGGCCCUGGCGGGCGCAGAAGUGCCACCGCCACCACAGCUCACCCCGAGCCCCCGCUGCACGCCGCAAGGUCCGCCUGGAGCCUGUCCUGCCCUCCGUGGCUGCCCUGUCCUCAGGUGCUGUGGAGCGCAAGUUUCGGAGGGAUUCUCUCUUCUGCCCAGAUGAGCUGGACUCCCUCUUCUCCUACUUUGAUGCAGGGGCUGCUGCAGCUGGUCCACGUAGUCUGAGCAGCGACAGUGGCCUAGGAGGCAGCUCUGAUGGCAGCUCGGACGUGCUGGCCUUCAGCGCAGGCUCCGUGGUGGACAGCGUCACGGAGGAGGAGGGUGCAGAGUCCGAGGAGUCCAGCGGUGAUGCGGAUGGAGAGGCUGAGGCCUGGGGCCUGGCAGACGUGCGUGAGCUGCACCCUGGGCUUCUGGCACACCGUGCUGCGCGCACUGGAGACCUCCCCGCACUGGCCACGGCGCUGGCGCACGGGGCGGAGGUCAACUGGGCCGACGCGGAGGACGAGGGCAAGACGCCAUUGGUGCAGGCGGUGUUAGGGGGCUCCUUGAUUGUCUGUGAAUUCCUUCUGCAAAACGGAGCAGAUGUGAACCAAAGAGACAGCCGGGGCCGGGCGCCCCUGCACCACGCCACACUCCUGGGACGCACGGGUCAGGUCUGCCUGUUCUUGAAGCGGGGAGCUGACCAGCAUGCCUUGGACCACGAGCAGCAGGACCCGCUGAGCAUCGCGAUCCAGGAGGCCAACGCGGACAUCGUCACGCUGCUCCGUCUGGCGCGCAUGGCCGAGGAGAUGCGAGAGGCCGAGGCGCCCCCGGGCCAGCCCGGCCCCCUGGCGGGGAGCAGCCCCACGGAGCUCCAGUACCGCAGGUGCAUCCAGGAGUUCAUCAGCCUCCACCUGGAGGAGAGCUAGGGCGGGCGACCGGCUCUGGGCCGCCCCGUCCCCGCCCGCUCCGCCUGUGGUGGCCGCCGGCUCGUUUCCUGAGAGCCCCAGUGCCUGGGCAGCCCUGGAGCCCGGGCUGCCUGCUCUGCCCUCCUCGGAGCUGUCCCGGCCCUGGGGCUGGGAGAGACUCCAACACUGAGUCUUAAGAAGCCCACAUUUCCCCUUGGGAGAUGCUGUGUCACCUGGUGCCCGUCACCACACCUGGGGACCCUGCGCCUUCAGGUGACCCCUUUCUUGGGCACCUGGGUUGCUUAUGUCACAAGCCGCUCUGAAGGCCCGGUGUCACCUUCUGCCCCUCGGACGCCCCUCCCUCCCGGGGGCCUGUGUCACUCUGUGCCCCUCCGUCCGUCCUAGGACCUGCGCCACUUCCUGUUCCUCUCUGCCUUCAGGGCCGGUGUCACCUCGUGCCCCCACCUUUACUGCCGUAGAACACUGACCUGCUAGUUGGGUCCCUCCUACACCCCCAGAGCCCCUCCGCUAGGCCCUACGGUUGGUGGCUGGCCACCAGCGCCUUGUGAGGGCUGAAGGGGCAGCCCAUCCAGGGAAUCAACCCGUGUACCUCACUUAGUGACCGGCGUCCAGGCUGGGCUUCUCGGGUGCUGGGGGGAGGGCUGUGGCCUGGGGCCUCAGCCCUGGCUGGACGCAGGCGUCCCAAGGCCAUGUAGCUGGCCACGCAGGCCCCAGUGCUGGGUGGCCAGAGACCUGUCCCUUGGCCCCGAGCCGGUGCAUAAAGGACUUUGGCACUUUCCACCUCCGCAUCCGACAUUCUUUAUCACAGACUGAGCGGGUUUUCUACAACGACCUCUUUCUCGCUUUUCUUGCGUCUUUUCUCCGUGGACUCUUGAGGAUGACUUUGACGCACCUGGCCCUGCCGGCUGCAGGGGGAGGCUCCUGCCGCUCUGCCCCGUCCCUCUCCGGCCUCAGCCCUCUAGCUGGGCCCUGGGGUGGCCUCAGCGGUCCCUCAGCUCACUCCCCAGGGCCCACCAGCUUGUUUGCUCUGCAGUCCCCCUUCCAGGAGCCCUGGGGCAGUGGCUGGGCCUCUCCCCAACUUGCGGCCUUGGUGUGGCCAAGGCCAGUUGUCUGGUCACUAUGCAAAAGCUGUCCAGGGAGGCUCUGUGCGCGGCAAGGUGGGUGCUACCCAGCCCCCCAACUCUCUUGCCUGUUGGCUGUGAGCCCUAAAGAGCAGAAUUAGCCCCCCUUCUUUCUCCCUGCUUGCGCUCUACCCCGACCUCCCCCCAGGACCUGCGUCAGGGCCUCGGGCUGGCAGGACCCGCCCCUGCUCCAGAUCACAGUUGAUAAUAAACUGCUGUCAUUGGC